ACACGGUACUGCAUGUAGACUUUGUUUUAGGGUUUGUGAACUCAUCUUGAAAAAAAAAGGAAACACUUCCUGUGUGCAUGAGUGUGUAUGUGUGAGAGUGGAUCUUCACUAGAGACAGUGUCAGGAAGACAACCAUCAGCUCCAUUUUGAAUCGUUCUGGCUUUCUGAAAAGACAGUUUGAUGUAAAGCAUAUCUUUUUAGAGAGUUUUACAGAUUUGACCUAAACCUAAAAAAACAUUCAGAAUCAGACAAUAAGGAUUAUUUAGGAUGGCUGCUCAGGCUGUGUUCGUUGUCAUCUUCAUGUUUGCGACCUCCGUGAAGGCUGAAACUGGAGGAGCAACAUUCUGGAGAGAGGACGUCACACUAACCUGUCCUGAAAGUCAUGGCAUGACCUGGUACAAUGAAAAAUCAACUCAAGAAACGUCACCACUUGCAGUAAAUCAACCAAAUGAAUUUAAAUUUAGAUAUGAACGCCCAGUCCAAUACAGAUGUCAACACAAGAACAAUGACCAGGACCCUAAAACAAUGAAUUAUCAUUUCUAUAUCAAAGGAAAAGCCUGUAAGAACUGCUUUGAACUGGGUCCAAUGUUCUUUCUGACUUUCAUUGUUGUGAAUGUAAUUGGGACCGCUGUUCUGAUGAUGAUUGUCUAUAAGUGCUCCAAGAAGAAAAACUCAGAUGGACAAACCUCCUCUAUUAAACUGACUCCAAGACCUGGGCCCCGGGCUCCACAUGGUGCAUCUACUGAGUAUGAGACACUCAACCCUAACACUCGAUCACAGGACACCUACUCUACUGUUGUGAACAGUGGUUUGGUGAACAGGACUGGAUAAAGACAUCUCCUCUACAAUUAUAAAACUCCUUACAUACAUCCUCACAUAUUUUCAUUUUGCUUUAUUGCAAAUCCCAAAUUCAUCAAAGGUGUAGCUUCAUACCGAAUAGAGGAAAUGUGCAGUCCUUGUACAUUAUGCCAGGUUGAAGUUAUUUUAUGAUUUCAAAACACAUGCAACCUUAAAACAUUAAAACAAAACAAUAAACAUUGUUGACAGUUGACACAAACCAUUUUGUUCUACUUGUCUAUUAAAACAGUUUAAACAGCAUAAGUGAAAUAAUAAUUUAUGGGAGAUGUGUUAAAAACAAAGUUAAUAUGUUAUAUAGGAAUGAUUUUAAAAAGUACAGCUUUAUUUUUAUGUAUCUGGGGUUUCUAUAGGUUAUGUUUUAUUCAUUUACGUCCAGUUUAUUUACAUGGCACAACUCAUGUCUCAAGAAAAUUUUAAAAAACAGCUUAAGGUAAAUGUGAAAUAUGUUUCAAACUAUCAAAGACAGAAAGUUUAUAUAUGUAAACCUUAGAAAGCACAAAGGUGGACUGGUUUAAGUUUUUACAACUAAUUACAACUUUCAGUUUUACCAAUUAAGGGCAUCUUGCCACUCUAUAUUAUAUGUAUUAUGCUUUGAAUAUUCAAACUUUUUAUUAGAUUCAAUAAAUAUCAAACUUGUAUGAUCAAACUCAAACAGUUAUUUGCUUUAUUGCUUUUCUAACUGUAUUUGUGCUUUUACUGAUGUUUAUAUUGUACAAGCAGCACGUUUUGUCAGCCGUUUUACUUCAUUCUCUUUUCUUCUUUUUGUUUUUAUAUUUUUCUCUGUAUUAAGUGUCUCUAAUUGAAAUAAACAUGGUUAAACAUC